AUGUCUUGGUUAUUUGGUGGCAACAAACAAACUACUAAGGAAGAAGACCUUAAGCAAACAUUAGGAUUCGACCCAGCACAAGUGUCGGAUGUGUCCAGCAUCAUCAACAGCCCAGGCGUGUUCGACGCCUCCAGGUUGCAUCCGUUAGCAGGCUUGGACAAAGGAGUGGAAUACUUGGACUUGAAAGACGAGCAGUUAAACGACAUUGAGGGCUCCAAAGGAUUGAUUCCUUCCAGAAGUUGGACCGACGACUUGUGUUACGGAACCGGUGCUGUCUACUUGUUGGGCUUGGGCCUCGGAGGUGCCUACGGGUUCCAGGAGGGAGUCAAGAACUUGCCCAAGAACGCUCCCCCAAGAUUGCAAUUAAAUACCAUUUUGAAUCACAUGACCAAGAGAGGUCCCUUCUUGGGUAACUCUGCAGGUGUGUUGGCUUUGACAUACAACAUGAUUGACUCCAGUUUGGACUACUUCAGAGGGGUCCACGACGACUUCAAUUCUCUUGGUGCUGGUGCCAUUGCUGGUGCUCUUUUCAGAAGCAGUGCCGGUUUGAGACCCAUGGCCUACUCCACUGCGUUGAUGACUGGUGCUGCUGGUGCCUGGUGUGGAGUCAAGCACUUGUUGAAGUAA